GCGCUCGUCCGUUGUUUGUGAAAGUUCUCAGAUCUUUUCUGUAGUCGAGAAUUUCGAGGAAUUGAGGAGCAAAAAAAAGUGAUUAUUUUAAAUUUAUUUUUUUCACGGAAUUUCAAAGAAAAAGUUUACGUGGAGAAAUUUGUGAGGUCCUUAAAGCCACGACAAAGUAUUCAAAGAACAAGAAGACAAAAAAGUUCCAACCUUGAACUCACUCAGUGGAAUUUCUUUCGUGACGAAAAUCGACGGACAUAGCUUGAGGCAAGAACAUUAAUAAUUCUCGAAACUAACAAGCAUCAGAAGAAGUCGAAAAUGAUGACAGCAAAGGGAACAAAUCUUCUUUUAGGAGCAGCUGUGCUAUUGAUUAUUGCCGUUACAGGGUCUAAUGCCAUCAUGUGCUACCACUGUAACAGUGCAUACGACCCCAGAUGUGCUGAUCCAUUCAACUCAUUCUCACUUGGUAUCAUUAAUUGUAGUAUGGCACCAGUGCCAGAUCAUGUUGGAUCUAUGGGAAUUGAACGUGCAACCCUUUGCAGAAAGACAACACAGAAGGUUUAUGGAAAAGUCCGAGUAGUACGUGGAUGUGGAUACAUCACAGAUGACCGUGACGAUGGAACGUGCGCAAAACGAUCAGGAACACACGACGUAUUCGCAUUGUACUGUGCCUGCACCACAGACUUGUGCAAUAGUUCAGAUAAAGUGUUCAGCAAACAUCAAAUUGUCUUCGGCAUUCUCGCUGCCAUUUUAGGAUCAUACGCUAAUCAAUUCAUUCAGCGUCAAUUAUAGAUUAUUAGUUUCAUGAAUUUAGGUAUUAUUUGUUGAUAAAAUAUUAUAAAAUGUAUUAUGUUUUAUUGGUUUGAAGCGUUAAUUAUUUGACUUUGUGUUUGCAAAAAUAGGAAAGAGACAAAAAUAAAUAAAAAAAUUUCAUUGCGAAAAUUUCAU